AUGCCGAAAGCCUCAACCUCCCGCGUCAAGGCCAAGGCGGCCGCGCGUACAUUGGUCGUCGAUUCACAGGCAGAAUUCGAGGCCGAGGGACUUUCACCCGCCAGUGCUGCGACUGUAUGCGCGAAACUCAUUACUACCAACGGCAACGAACAAAGAGAAUCGCUUCUGCUCAGCGUUGACAAACCACUGACGAUCGGGAGGAACCCUGCCUGCUCUUACGUGGUGUCGGAUGCCGUAGUAUCUGGGAUACACUGCAAGCUAUAUGCAGUGAGGUCAAGUAACGGCGGUACCAUAAUCUCUUGCCAUGAUAACUCCACCAAUGGCAUGCUUCUCAACGGCCAUAAAAUCCGCAAAACCUCUGUCCUCCUGAUGGACGGGGACGUGCUCGAACUACCUUCCUCUCAAAAGUUCGAGUGUGUGUUAUUACACAAGGAACCAGAGCAGAAGGUCAACAUCUUCGAUCCGACACCACCGGCGCAACCUGCAAUCAAGACGAAGAGGAUCGAUCGUUAUGUGGUCACUUCGCAUUGCUUAGGAAGUGGUAGCUUCGCCACUGUCCACCUUGCUAUGGAUACAACUGCUUUCAAACAAGUCGCUUGCAAGUGCAUCAAACGUCGAGGCAGCGACAAACUGGAUAAGGUCAAGAAGGAAGUCGAUAUCCUGCUCAAUCUCCAACAUCCCAACAUCAACACCGUACGUGCGGCUACGAACGAUGACAACUUUUUGUACAUCUUCCUUGAGCUCUGCACUGGAGGCGACCUAUUCUCGUACAUCGUCAGCCACCCGGACUCACAGUUAUGUCAAGCGGAAGCCAAGUAUAUCAUGUAUCAACUCCUGAAGGGCCUGAAAUACCUGCACGACAAGUUGAUCUCCCAUAGAGACCUUAAGCCUGAAAACAUCCUACUGCAUACACCAGGGCCUUAUCCCCGCAUACAGAUUGCCGAUUUCGGCCUCGCGCGCCCCAAAGCAUACCAGGAGACGUUCAACGUCUGCGGCACUGUCUCCUAUCUUCCUCCGGAAGGUAUCCUUGCCCUCGACCAUAAGCACCUAGGCUACGUCGGUAUGCCCGCCGACUGCUGGAGCUCAGGGGUGAUCAUGUACAUCAUGCUAGCGGGCUCGCACCCGUUCGACUACGGAAAGGUUGACGGAGAGUCUGAUCUGUACUCGUACCGGCCGUCAGAGGAGUUCGAGGACUCCGAAUAUUCUCAGGAGUCCCUCCAGACCGACCAACUCAUCAAGCGUAGGAUAGUUCACGGGGGAGUGGAAUUCCCUGAGCACCACUGGGAUCAGAUGUCCCAAGCUAGGGAUCUCUGCGGCGACAUGCUUGUUUACGAGCCUCUGGAGCGGGCGACAGUGCAGCAAGCCCUCAGACAUACCUGGUUCUCUGCCGAGCUCUUGGACUUGGAACUGGCAUACCGCUCGAGGAUCGGCUCUGGCUAA